AGAGCAGCGCACACUUCCGGUCAGCUGAUUGCUCUUCUCCCCAGCACUGUGUCUCCAGGUGUGAGCGGAAACUUAUCGGUUUUACUUUUAGUUGUUUAUAGUUUAUUUUUACAGCAGACAGACACAGUCAUGGCGCUCAGCGAUGCCGACGUCCAAAAACAGAUCAAACACAUGAUGGCCUUCAUCGAGCAAGAGGCCAACGAGAAGGCGGAGGAGAUCGACGCAAAGGCUGAAGAAGAGUUUAACAUUGAAAAGGGCCGACUUGUGCAGACGCAGAGGCUUAAGAUAAUGGAGUACUACGAGAAGAAAGAGAAGCAGAUCGAGCAGCAGAAGAAAAUUCAGAUGUCCAAUCUGAUGAAUCAGGCCAGGCUGAAGGUGCUCAAGGCUCGAGAUGAUAUGAUCAUGGACCUUCUGAGCGAAGCCCGUAAGCGGUUAGCUAACAUCGCCAAAGACCCGGCUCAGUACCCGACUCUGUUAGAAGGACUCGUGAUGCAGGGCUUCUAUCAGCUGCUGGAACCCAAAGUGAUCAUUCGCUGUCGUAAGGAGGAUCUGGCCAUGGUGGAGGCUGCCGUCCAGAAAAACAUCCCCAUCUACAAAGAAACCGUGAAGAGUAACAUCGAGGUCCGCGUGGACAAGGACAACUUCCUCUCCCCCGACAUCUCCGGAGGUGUGGAGGUCUACAACGCUAACGGCAAGAUCAAGGUGGCCAACACACUGGAGAGCAGGCUGGAUCUUAUGGCUCAGCAGAUGAUGCCUGAAAUCCGAGUGACUUUAUUCGGCGCCAACCAGAACCGCAAGUUCAUGGAUUAACGGACAUGCAGUGUGACUUCCACAUGACUUUCUUUCAGCUUUUUACACAAAUGUGUGUGUGUGUGUGAGCUCCCUGUUUUUCUUUCUUUUCCUUCCUUUGGCUGUGAAACCGCUCCAGGGUUUCUUCCUUCCUCCGAUGACCGGACCGACUGGAAAAGUUUACCUAAUGGAGUUGAGGCUGUAAGCAGGAUGUUCCUACCCAUGAGCCUUUCUUUAAUAUACACACAAACGAUCUCAUGAAUAAUUAAUAGGAUAUUCUGACUGUAAAGCAGCACAUUAUGAUCACUGUACCUCUUCUUAGUGACGGCCUCCGUGUCGGGAUGUUAAAAAUAAAUAAAAGAAACAUGAACAAUG